AUGUUUUUUUCGCCGACUCCCUCCGUCCUUCUCCACCUUCCUCCUUCGCCGUUCGUUUUCUUCUUGACGGCGCAUGCCGCUCGCUUCGGCUCUCUCGGUGUGUCUAAUCUGCGGGAUGCGACUCUCGCUUCUUUUUCCUCGCAUUUCUCGUCUUCUUAUAAUUUCUCGCCGGCUUUCUCGCGCUUCUCAUCGUCGCCCUCAGGGCCCCUCGCCUUCGCUCUCUCGCCGGCACCUCUUGCGCCGGCGGCCUCUCCUUCCUCCACUUUGCCGCCACACGUGCCCUCGUUACCCUGCCUCCCUCUGGGUGUCGGCUUCGCGUCUUCGCCUGCGAGUGCUGUGCUUUGUCCUACGUGUAUGUCCGCGCGCCGCCGCCGCUCGCCAGCUCCGUGUCGAGACUCCGCGGUCUUCUUGGCGCAUGCAGCCCCAUCAGGACCUUAUGCUAUGAGAGGCGUGGCGUCUCGCUGCGGCGCAUUUCGCCGUGCGCGGAAGGGCGCACCCUUCGUUUUGAAUUCCUUUCUGUCGCUCGAUUCGCGCGGGGCUGCGCACUCGCCUUGCCCAGCCUUCUCUCGCGCCGCCUCUGCCGCGCGCCCACACUCCUCUCGCUCUCGCGCGGCCUUUGGUCUCUCUUCGCGUCCCACCCCGGCCGCGGCGGGCGCGCGUCUCAAUAUCUCCGCGGGCGCGUCUUCCUGUUUCGCGUCCCUCCCCCUGUCGUUCGAGUCCUCUGCCGGAGGCCACGCGGAGGAGGCGGGCGACGACUUGCUUUUCGUUCUCGAGUCGGCGUCGCCAGAGUCGCUUCCCCUGCCUUCGCCGACGUGCAGCGAGCCCUUUGCCUUCUACUCUUCAUCCUCCGCGGCGGCACCGAGUCUGCCCGAGGCCGCUUCUUCCACGCCUGAAACCGCUUCUCAACCGGCCUCGCCUGUCUCCGCCUUUGCGCUCAACGAGCUCGAGAGGUACUACGCCGCUGCGCGACGGCGCGGCGACCUUCCGGCGCUGCCUGGGCACCCGUCGACAGCGUCGCCUUUUCCUUCUUCCAGCAGCGAUUCGUCUCGCGCUUCACGAACGGCGGCGGCGGCGACGCCGCACGCGCCGCCGCCUCCCUCUGCGGACGCGCCUCUGCCGGGGGCCGCGCCGCCGCGCGCCCUGGGCGAAGGCGAGGCCGCGUCCGACGCAGGCCCUCGAGAGGAGACACUUCACAGGCCUGCGGCCGCCGGAGGGCACAGCGGGGAGGGGGAGGCGGCGCCCCCGCAGCGAGAGAAACUCGCUCCGACGACGCUGUACCACCGCGGCCCCCGCAUUCCUCACGUCGAGCUCCAUCCGCGAAACCUCACGGGCGCGCCGGCUUCCGAGCUGUCGCCAGAUGAAAAACGCUAUCUGUGGCGCCACGGAUACUUCGCCGGCGACCACUUCAACCAAACAGACACCUGGAAGAAUUGGCAUCUGCUCAACCGAGGUACGCGCGCAGAAGUGCGUCGCCGCAGCGAAAGUCUUUCACGCACAGGCGCAGCCUCUCCGGCGCCUCGCGGCUCUGCAGCGGUUGCGUCUUCUGCGCGGCAGGCAGCUCGAGAUUUGCCGGGGGGUGUGCGCGGCGCUCUAGGGUUUACGCUGCGCCAUGUGGCUGACCCUUUCCGUGUCGGAGUCUCCGAGCCUGCACGCCGCUGGAGAGACCCCGGCGUUCAACAGCUGCCGACAGUCGAGACGUUGCGGGGGAAGGAGGAGCCCGCCUUCCACCGAGUGCCGCUACAGUACUGGGACGAAGCCAGAGGCUUGUCCUACGAUAUUCGGCACUACCCGAUUUACGAGGAGUUCUACAACUCCACGACCCUCGACCCUGCAAUCUACACGCCGAAGUACAACUUGACGCUCCUUCCCUUCACGCCUGCCUUCGUGCCCAGGCGCGACCGCAUGGGUCUCCUCUACGGCGACGCCCGCAUGUUUGACACCUGGCCUUCGUGGGAUAAAGAUUUCAAACUUCGCGUCGAGGAAGGCACGAACGUUACAGUGAUUCCUGAGACAGGACACCUGUAUCAGAAGCUGUACGUUGGACCCAUUCCGGUGACGACCGGAUGGACGAUGGGGUCGCUGAUCAAAGCCUUCGCAGCUCAGCGCUGCCCAGGCCACGCGAUCGUCGCCGUGAAGCUCCACGCGGACUCGCCGGCGGAGGCUGAGCGCGGCAAGGGGAAGCCGGCCUGCGCGAGGGACGAAGCGCACGGGGCUGCAAGCCGACGCGACGAGCCCAUGGUCACGCAGCUGCCCAACGUCCGCGAAGACCUGCUCGAGAUCUCGCUCAACCUGAAGGGCGUGGCGUUUGAGACGCUGGUGCCGGGCGAGUCCGCCUGCGUGCGCGUGCGAGCGGUAGGACCGCAGCUGCUUGUCGCGGGGAUGGUUGACUGGCCGUCGUUCGUCCGAGUGGCGAACCCCGAGCACUUCAUCGCCAAAGUCGAGGAGGGCGGCGUGCUGGAUCUCGAAGUCAAACUCGAGUGGGGACGCGGCGCCUGGCUCGCCGAUCUGUUCGGGCUUUAUCGCGAGGAGGAGGGCGUCGACACCCGCUGCUACAAACGCCGACGCAUCUGGGAAGUUGACCACCGCGGCUUCUAUCCGACUAGCUGCAUCUUCGGCGCAUGCACGAUGAUGAGGCUCGCUGUGCACAAGCUAAUGGGGACGCGAUUCUGCCAAGACCGGCAGGUCUCGACGAAUCCGACCGAGCAGCUGGUCGUGGAGAUCUGGACUGACGCCUCCAAGAGCCCGAAGGAGGUGCUCGCCUUCGCGCUGCAAGACAUGCUCGCAUGGUUCGUCGAGCUCCGCAGGCAACUCGUGCGCGACGUCGACUGGAAGACGGAAGACGAAGACCUCGAAGCGACGUGGAAGCACGUGGCGGCGUGGAACGAAGCGAAGGCGCUGCAGGAGCGUCUGGGCGGGCCGCCGCUCAUGGUCUGGGAGAACCCCGCGCAGAACAUGACGCUGGCGGAGGGCGAGAAGAGCUUCGCAAUGCCCGAGUUCCGGCCUCCACCUUGCUCAGUGCAUCCUGUGGCGUGGCUCAAGCGCGAGCUCGCGACGGCCCCGUAUGCUGCGGACGGCUACUCCGAGGCUUCGCGCGCGCCGUCGAGGAGGCCUCGAAAACGCAAAAGAGCAGCUGCGAACUGCGACGACUCAGCGGACGAAGGCGAUGCAGCAAGAGACACACGCAAGUGCGGCGGACUCCGAGGCAAACGGCGGGCUCAAGAGGCCAGCGACUCAGACACAGACACUCCCGGCGACCGCGCCGAGGUAGCAGAAGAAGACGAAGAACGAGAGGAACAACGGCCAAGCGACGUGCUUCUUUCUUCAGUCCAGGGGAUUACCCCCAGAGCGCUGCAGGCGCUACACGCCUUUGGGAUUUCCACGCUCGAGGACGUGCGCCACUACACAGCAAAACAACUCAAAAAAAUUCCAAACAUCGGCGACGCGACGGUGUCCUUGCUCGCUUCAACCCUAUCAACCCGAUUCAACGCGUCUCUAGCAGAGGCGUAUGCCGCCGCGACUGCGGAGUGUUUGGUGGAGCCACCUGAGGUCGGGCUCGGGGUUAGACGACCCCAGCAGCCCCCCCCCCCCCCCCCCGCAGAUCUGCAGCCUGUCGGCGCGCGACGCUGUUUAGUCGGAGUGGAAAAUGGAAUUAACUUUUUCUCCCUUAUCACUCACGGAAACAGCGUUUUUGAAACCGACCUGCGCGCCGGCGACGGGAGGCGAGACGGCAGCAGCACUGAGGAGGGUCGCGACCGCAGCGAGAGAGCGUAG